AACUCGGAGCCGAACCACCACAUCAUACCACCAUGGAGGGACACGCCAGGAUUUCAAUACUGUUGCUGGCCAUCACACUGGUCGCGGCCAAUGCAUUAGAAGGGAGAAAAAUGAUGCACAUCCCAGAGAAAAUCAUUGGAGGGGUCAUUGACAUUGUCCAGAAUCACAAAAACAAGCCCACACAACAGACUACCACCGUCCAGACCCAGACACAGCAGCAGAGCUUCCAGCAAGGAUAUCCUCAGCAAUAUGCACCUUGGAACACAGGCUACCAGAACCAAGGUCAAUCGCAAUACCAAGGACAGUAUGUCAACUACGGUUAUCCUCAACAAGGCAGUUAUCCUCAAGGGGGGUACCUUAACAACCAGGUCUAUCCUUCUAAUCAGCAGUUUGGAGCAUCCCAGGUCCAAGGGCAGUACCAACAGGCCAACACAUUCGAUGGUCAGCAAGGGAACCAAUUCCAAACUCAAGGACAGGUACAGAAUCAGUUCCAGAAUCAACAAGCUGGACAGUUUGGCAACCAGAACCAGCAGAUCACCAGUGGAAAUUACCAAGGAGCUCAGCCAGUGAACCAGCCAGCUGGCCAGCAAGUGAAUUAUCAACCAGUCAAUCAACCUUCGGGUGGUUUUGUACAGUCGACCGGGUCGUACGGUGGUCAUCAGUCAUCUAACUUUGGAAGUCAACAGUCAAGUUUUGUAGGGCAAACUCAACCCUCAAACAACUAUGUCGGAAGUCCACAGGGACAGGUACCACAAUCCACUUUCGUUGGUCAAAAUGUCCAAUCAUCCCAUUUCCAAGGACAGGCUGGUAAUGGCGCACCAGGGUUUGCUGGUUCCAAUAAUGGCAGUUUCCAAACGACCGGUGGUGGUCAUCAGGUUGGAACUCCUGGACCUACGUGCGUAUGCCAAGCCUGGACUAAGCCUCAGAAUGGAGUACUCAAUGAUAACGGUACUCAGAGAAGUGAAGAAAAAGACGAGAAAGCCGUAUAAAGGAAAUUAAGUUUAGCAAAUUGUAGUAGAGAUAAUUGUUGCAUUUACUUUUACAUCAGGCGCUCUCACGGCUUGUUUACGUGAAAAUUACACAGGUGUAUAAUGAUUAUUAUCUUGGCAUGUGUGUAUGUGUGUUGUCUAUAAUGUGAAUUAUCCCAUAAAUAUGA